CCCGAUAUUCUCCUUCGCACCCUUUCGUCAACCACUCUCCUGCUCAUUCUUGCUCGACUUUGUGUCUUGCGCUUCAUCUUCUCUCCUUACUCACACUCGCUCAAUUUUAAAAUUCACACUCGCUUCUUCUGUCGAAUCUAGUUGCCAGGUCGUGUAGCCUCGCGUUGUCGUCGACACCCCUAAAACCACUCACCCGCCUGAACCAGAACCAUAUACGCUCUUCACAAGCCAUCAACAGACUUCUGAUACGAAUCAUCGAUACACUUAUUCGGCGUUUUUCCAACAGACAGGGCGUGUGGCCCGCUCGCACACUAUGGCAAACUAUAACAGCCGUAUGUCGAUUUACUCGAACAUGUCGGCUCCACGAUCAAACAAUGGGAUUUCGAGCCAGGUCUCUGUCACGACACUACUUAAUGCCCUACAUACUGCAUAUACUUCUGGACAGCCAUACUAUUUAGAGUCAAGCACGAGUUUGGUGGUGAACACUUGGAUUACGGCAAGUAAUGUGGGUCCGGAUGGAAGGUACGGAGGCACUGUAGACGUCGAGCUAGGUCGCAAAGCCUGGGAACAUGCCAGGAGAAGAGCUGAGGAUGGCUGCAUUGUCCUUGGAUCAUUGCACCCAUCAACGCCAUCACAACUUGCUCCUUUCGUCUCGGCUCUUCCGCUCACGGUACCCACCAGCUUCUAUACAGCCCUCGAUGUUCUCAAAGCGUUCACGCAUUGCGUUACACCUCUUAAUCAUUCCUAUGCCCGCCACUCGGCCUUAUCUGGGAACUUUUCUAUGGACUUGUCAGGAGCAAUUACGGGUGCCUCGAUUGCUCUGUCGACAACUGGCAUAGAUACCAAGAAAGGGUUACUGCGCGUUCCGUCAGAACCUGGAUUCCGCGCUUUCGAUGUAUUUUACUAUCUCAAUUCGCCCUCCGCUUCUCCACAGGAGAGAGAGAUUCUAGGACUGAAAUCGGCUUCUGAGUACGCACUGCUCUCCAAAUCGGGCACAUACAAUGUUCCAUCCUAUGUCCCCACUGCUGAUGAUGCAGCCGCGAGUGAGGAUUUCCGCGAAAAUUUGAAGGCCAUCGGCAUUAGAGGUCGUAGUCUGCGAGACCUGAUCGCAGCACUCGCUGGUAUUCUGAAGCUCGGCGACACUGUCGGCUUCCUCGUUGACUCCGAUGUCCUGGAAGAUGUAUGCAACGAUGUUGCUGCACUCCUGAACAUGGACCCCCUAAUCCUACUUCGGAAAUGUGACACCACUGACCGUGAAGUCCUGAUUGCCGGUCUUUAUGAGGCGCUCGUUGAUUGGGUCAUCACCAAAGCAAAUGAAUCGAUUAGGCUAGAACUCAAGGGUAUCAAACUUGGCUCUUCUGAUAAUAGCGAUGCUGGCCCGCCAACACCUGAUACCGAGUCUGAGAACGGUGAUACUGUGAGUAUCACGGUUGUAGAGAUUCCAAAUCAAGCUCUAGGCAAAGCUAUCUCACUACGGAACAUCUUUGAUGACUCCCAGGGCAUCAAUGCCGAAUUGAAAGAAGACGGCGUGGAAUUUACACCUGCUGGAUCAUCCGUCAUCCGAGAAAUGCAAAGUGCUAUCUCUGAAUCUGAGCCUGACCUUGGUAUUAUGAGCAACGCUGCUGGACGCGAGCAUGAACAUGAUCGCGAACGACGAGAGGCGGUAUUGGAAAAGGUUGCGUACGAUAUGGAAGACGAUUGUUUUCUCAAGGGUGUGCUCUUUCCUAUUGAUGGCCAAGGAAUUGUCUUGGGCAAACUUGGCCGUUUCGAUUUAUCUACAGUACUUGGUAGCAGCCGUGUCUGGUUCCAACUUGCGUUACACCCCACCGACGAUGUUCCAUCAGCUUUGUCUCAAGGCGCCUCAGGCUCAUGGUCAGCUGGUGCAGUGUCUGCACAGUUGCGCUCAUGGCGACUUCCCGAGUGGGCCAAUCGGCGAAAUAAGCAGCUUGACUUCACAGCGGACUUCGACAUCACUGAAUUUGUCGAGCGUUACUCCCGCUUGGGAUGUCAGGAUGGCAGAGAAGGCAUCGAAAAUUGGAUUCUGGAGCGAGGUUGGAGUAACGGUGAAGUCAUCGUCGGGACCGAACGCAUCUGGAUUAGGGAAACCGCUUGGUGGGAAGCCGAAAGUAUGUUAGAUCUCAAACCGAUGGAUGAUGCCUCCCCUGCCACCAUGCUCGGUGGCAUGAUCGGAGCCGGUGGCAUGGACAACAGCUAUCUGGGAGCAGGUCCAUUUGCGACUCCACAGGCUAGUCGAGACGACCUCCUGGAACCUCAGCAUAGUUCGGCUAAUCUAGCUGGUCGCCAAAGUGUCUUCGGCGCUCAGUCCAUAGCGCCCACGUUGGCCCCAACAAUCAAGGGGAACACUCCUGGCGACUACGGACUUGGGCAUAAGGGCGAUGAAAAUAAAGGGGUGUCGUACUAUCCGGGGUUCGACCCAGAGACUGGAGAGCACCGCGUUGUUACAGAACAGCCAAUCUCGAAGACCAGGAAGAUCUGGGUUUUUGUCGUAUGGGCGUUCACGUUCUGGAUCCCAUCACCUGUACUGAAACUGGUUGGACGCAUGAAACGCCCAGAUGUGAGAAUGGCCUGGCGAGAGAAGCUUGUGCUCUGCUUGCUCAUCUUUCUCCUCAAUGCCACCAUUAUCUUCUACAUUGUUUUCUUCGGAAAACUUCUCUGCCCCAACAAAGACAAAGUCUGGAAUCGCCAGGAGGUCUCCUAUCACCAGGGUGACGAUGAUUUCUACGUAAGCCAUCGUGGAAAGGUGUACGAUAUUAGCGACUUCUGGAGGAAACAACACUCCGACACGCACAUUGAGACGACUACUGAGAAUAUGCAGCCUUUUGCCGGUGCCGACAUGGACCCAUACAUCAUUCCACCGUUGACUCUUGCCUGUCCAGGCCUGGUCACUGACAAUCAGAUCACACUCAUCUCAAAUACUACGACCGGCAAUACGCAGGGAAUCCACAAAUCUGGCAAUAUGACAUCCGACCGUACGAGUAAACUUGCUAGCCAGACCUGGUAUAGCGAGAACUUCCUCCCGAAGAUGAAAGAGUACUACAAAGGACCGCUAGUGACUGAGAAGUCCAAGAUCGAGAGUGAAGGCAAAAAUCAAAACCAUUAUUGGUUCAUCUAUGAUGGACAAGUUUUCGAUCUGACGGAUUACUUCCACACUCUGGACCUCAUGGAUGAUAAUCCUUAUUAUACUUUUGUCUACGACAACGUCGCACAGCUAAUAAAGGACAAUGCUGGCCAGGACAUUACAGAGGACUGGAACAAUCAAUUCAACUCAACGACCAGUGGUGUUCAUCUACAAUGCUUUAAGAACCUCUUCUACAUCGGCGAAACAGACUUCCGGAAAACUGCGAGGUGUCAGGUAAACGACUAUCUGUUGUUGGCUUUCACUAUUAUUCUCUGUACUGUGAUUCUUGUCAAGUUCUUAGCCGCACUUCAACUUGGAUCCAAAAGACGGCCAGCAGCUCAAGAUAAAUUUGUUAUUUGUCAGGUUCCCGCCUACACCGAAGGGGAAGACCAGCUUCGGAAGGGUUUGGAUUCUUUGACUGCGCUGGCAUAUGAUAACAAACGGAAGCUCAUUUGUGUAAUAUGUGACGGCAUGAUUGUCGGAGGCGGAAAUGAUAGACCAACACCGAAGAUUGUACUCGACAUUCUUGGUGUGGACCCGAAAGUCGAUCCUCCCGCUCUUCCCUUCAAGUCGGUAGGCCAAGGCAGCGAGCAACUUAACUACGGUAAGGUCUAUUCUGGACUGUACGAGUACGAAGGCAACGUUGUCCCCUACAUCGUUGUAGUCAAAGUCGGUAAGGAAUCGGAACAAAGGAAGGCCAAGCCUGGUAAUCGUGGAAAGCGGGACUCCCAGAUCCUGCUCAUGAGCUUCCUCAAUCGGGUUCAUCAUCGCGCUCCCAUGUCUCCCCUGGAACUCGAGAUGUUUCAUCAAAUCAAUAACAUCAUUGGUGUCGAUCCCGAACUCUACGAAUAUCUCUUCAUGGUCGAUGCCGACACGAUGGUCAAGGAAGACUCCCUGAAUCGCCUCGUUGCAAGCUGUGCCAAUGAUGCAAAGAUUGCCGGAAUCUGUGGCGAAACCAGCUUGGAGAAUGAAGAACGAACUUGGUGGACGAUGAUUCAAGUAUAUGAAUACUACAUCUCGCAUCACUUGGCGAAGGCCUUCGAAAGUUUGUUUGGAAGUGUUACAUGUUUACCUGGAUGUUUCUGCAUGUACCGAUUGCGCACGGCGGAUAAGGGUCGUCCGCUGAUUAUUUCUGACAAGGUCAUCAACGAGUAUAGUGACUGCGAUGUCGACACGCUGCACAAGAAAAAUCUGCUAUCACUCGGAGAGGAUCGUUAUCUGACAACGCUCAUGACCAAACACUUUCCGGGCCAUUCCUACAAGUUUAUUCCCGAUGCAUACGCCAAAACUGCUGCACCAGAGACUUGGAGCAUCCUUCUAUCGCAGAGACGUCGCUGGAUCAACUCGACAAUUCACAAUUUGGGCGAACUCAUAUUCCUCAAGGACAUGUGCGGUUUCUGCUGCUUCAGUAUGAGAUUCGUCGUCUUUAUCGACCUGUUCGGUACUAUCAUUCUUCCGGCCACCUGUGGAUACAUCGUCUAUUUAAUCUAUACGGUAGCCACAGGUAAAGGUCAACUCCCUAUCUUCUCGAUUGUAAUGCUUGCAGCUGUGUAUGGUCUACAAGCCAUUAUCUUCAUUGUGAAGCGACAAUGGCAGCACGUUGGCUGGAUGAUUAUCUACAUCCUCGCGUUCCCUAUCUAUUCUUUCGCUCUGCCAGUCUAUUCAUUCUGGAAGCAGGACGACUUCUCAUGGGGUAACACGCGUAUCGUCAUUGGUGAACAAGGCAACAAACAAGUCAUCGCCGUUGAUGAUGAAGGAUUUGACCCUCGAAGCAUUCCACUCCAACGAUGGGACGACUAUGCUACCGCCAAUAAUUUACCGGGCAGACGCGGCCUUGUUGCGACGGCCGAGAAAGGCGCUCAAAGCACAUAUGACGAUGAUGGGUUUGAAAUGAACGACAUGCAGUCCGUCUACUCAUCUGUUCAGCCGGCGUCGACGAUCCUCGGCUUCAACAACCACAACUCGAUGCAUAUGCCCCCACAAUCGCAUUCUCCGAAUCCAUUCGGGAUGCAACAGCGGCAAUCCUCAUAUACCCUGAAUCGAUACCAAGACAACCCGCAAAACGAACGCCACAUGUCAAUGGGGAACAUGAGUGAUGUGUACGCCCAGAACUCGCCAUAUGCACAUCACAGACCUAGUCAAAUAGGGUUCCAAUCAUCGGACAAUUUGAUGGGCAGGCCCGGUAUGGGAAGCAGACCCGCCUCUAACCUCAACUUUCAAUCAAUGACAAGCGGGCCGUCAGAUGCACAGAUUAUCGAGGCCAUUCAAGCAUGCCUCGGUGAGGUUGACCUUGACACUGUUACUAAGAAGCAGCUCAAGGCUUUGGCGGAGCAAAGGCUUCAGACCCAGUUGAAUGGAGAACGCAAGACAUUCCUCGACCACCAGAUUGAUGCUGAAUUAGCAAAUAUGUAAAACAAGUCAACCUGUAUAUGUUGGGGUAUAUAUGGGCGCCUCAAUGUCAGCAGCAUAUGAUCACCAGUGGUAGCUUACCCCGGAAAGAUGUGAAUAGUCAUAGUUUCUUUUCUUUUAGCACGGACAGACAUCUUACUGAUAUGAUUCCUCUCUCUAGUUGGCGUUGUGAAUGUACAAGGGAAAAUGAAAGGCAGGGAAUUAUUAAAGUUGUUGCACGCUGCUUUUUCGGCUGCACAUAAUUGUCAAUUUUGCAUGUCUUAACGAUAAUACAACACUCUCAUCUUAAC